CUUCUCGACACUGAUCCUCAUGGCGGUGGUCUCCCCUUCUUCUUCCCAAACCCUAGACUCAAACUCCGACGCCGGCAACCAACAGUCCUCUGCCUCGUUCGAUUCGGCUCCUGUCUCUCUUCCCCCAGCCGCUUCGAUUCCUGCUCCUGCUGACGCCUCCAACACUCCGAACUCAAUCCCUAAUCAGGCGCCGUUAGCUCCGCCUCCUCCGGCUGUCCCAUCCUUCGUGCCUUCCUUCCGGCCCCUUGGGGCUCCUCCUGUUCCUCAGUAUUCUGGGGCUAAUAGCCCCAUGGCGCAGAACCCUGCUUUCCUCGCGUCGAUGGGACAGCCCCCCAGCAUCCAUCCGCCUGGCGUCUCCACCUCUGCCUCGGCCAUGCCUCCUGGAGCGCCUCCGGGUGCGGUUCUGCCUCUGCGGCCUGGUAUUCCCUACCAAGUUGCUCCUGGUCAGCCUUCAGCCCCGAUGCCGUAUGCUCAAGUUGGAAAUGGUUAUAUGUCUGUACCUCCUCAGGGUCCGAUGGCGAUGCCUCCUCCGGCCCAAUCCAAUGAUUAAAGGUGAAAUGAUCGUCAGGCUUCCUCUUCCAGUUCUUAGAAGAUGACUUCCAGUUACGUUGGUAUGCUUAAAUUUGUCUAAUUAUGUUGGAUUCAUACCACCAGUUUGUGUAUUAAGUAUUGCUGCCAAGUUGGUAAUUAGGUCAGAUACAGAAACAACAAAUUUUGGUCAGUGAUUGUGCUUUUUUUAUGUUACAUACAAUCACUUUGUUGGAUGAAUCUCCCUUGCGCUUGUCAUGGAUUUCUAAAUCUGACAUCAGUGGAUCAUGUUAUCAUCUGGGUGCUGGUUGCAUCAUUUUUACUAAGCACAUUGACUUGAUCCUGAGCUCAGCCAAUUUAAUUCAUGGUGUAACUUCUGAAGUUUAUAUGGGAGGAUAUGGAUAAGGUUUUCCACACAGCUGCUGGUAUUUGCUAUCUUUGUGGAAUGCCCCGCUAUCCAGCUCCUUACCCGAUGAUUCGCCCUAUAUUUCCUCCACGUCCAUUUCCCCCGACUGGUGUGAUUCCACCGAUGCCUAGGCCUCCAAUUCCAGGGAUCUGGGGGCUGCCACCGGUAGCCACUCCAAUUGUCAGGCCUAUUGUUCCAGUUUCUACACCAAUGGAGAAGCCACAAACUACUGUUUAUGUUGGCAAGAUUGCAACCACAGUAGAAAAUGAAUUUCUCCUUUCAAUUCUCACACUUUGUGGACCUGUAAAGAGUUGGAAAAGGGCACAAGAUCCUUCUGAUGGUACACUUAAGGCCUUUGGAUUUUGUGAAUUUGAAUCUGCAGAAGGAGUUCUUCGUUCUUUACGCUUACUGAGCAAGUUGAAUAUAGAUGGGCAAGAAUUGAUGUUGAACAUUAACCAAGGUACUAGGGAAUAUCUUGAGCGUUAUGUUGAAAAGAAAGCUGAAACAGAGAAGCAGGAAGUAGCAGAAACUGGAGAUCCUGCAAAUGAAAGGGAUAGUAAAGAAAGUACUGAAAAGCAAGGACAGUCUGCAAAUCCAAUGGAAGAAGGAACCAAAAAAGAUUCUGAAGAUAAAGAAAACCAAGUGGGAAACAAGAGUUUUGGUCUAGUCACAGAUGAAGAUCGUGAGUUUGAUGCAGUUGCUCUAGAAAAGCUUACAGGAAUGUUAGAAGAGAGAUUAAAGAACAAACCGUUGCCUCCACCUAUGCUGGUUGAUGGAUCUGUUAAAUCUACUUCUGACACACCUUCCAAAUCGAAGGAUGGGGAUUCUGAUAUCGAUAUAAUGAAAGGUGAUGCUGCUGAAGAAAAAAACGACGAUGACAAUAUGAGUGAAAACAAACCAGCAACUGAAAGUGACAAGCCUGAGACUCCUGAUAGAUCAAAGCGGCAUGAUAGUAGGAGCCGAGAACGAGAUAGGGAACGUGACCUGAAACGGGAAAAAGAAAGGGAGCUUGAGAGAGUUGAACGGGAACGAGAAAGAGAGAAAGUUAGGAGGGAAAGGGAAAGGGAAAGGGAAUUAAGGGAAGUAGAGCGGUUGUACAAGGACCGGCUUAAAGAAUGGGAAGCUAGAGAACGAGAGAAAGAAUACCAGCGACAAUAUGAAAAGGAACGGGAGAAAGAAAGAGAGCGGGAACGGUGGAAAGAGAUAGUGCGGCAGGAAGAUGAAAGUAGUGGUGAUGAUGGUGAUGACUCGAGAAAAAGAAGGCGUAGAACUAGUUUACUUGAGGAAAAGAGAAGAAAAAGGCAGCAUGAAAAGGAAGAGGAUUUUGAAGACAGAUUGAAAGAAAAGGAAGAAAUUGCUGAAGCCGAGAGGAGUGCAACAGAGGAACAACCUAAACUUGUGACAAAGCAACUAAAACUCGAGUCAAAGUCACUUGAUCAGGUUACUCCGGAGGAUGAAACUGCUAUGCAAGAUGAGAAUUUUGAACGAAAGCAUAUUGAGUCCAGUCAUGCUAAUGAUGUUUCUAGAAAUGGUCUUAAUGAUGUUGAUGGCAUUUCUGGAAACAGCAGUGGCGAUGAUCUGAAUAUGAUGGCACCAAUUGCAGUUUCAGACAAAAAGCAGAACAAUAAUGCUCCAGCUCGGAAGCUUGGAUUUGGGUUAAUUGGCUCAGGAAAACGUACUACUGUCCCUUCAGUUUUCCAUGAAGAGGAUGAUGAGGAUUUGGAUGAGAAAAAAAUGAGACCUCUUGUGCCAAUUGAUUAUUCAACUGAAGAAUUACAGGCUGUCCAGGCAAAUGCAUCUGGAUCACAAUCAAAUUUGGCAGCUGCUGCUGAAUUUGCCAAGCGCAUAUCUGGUGCCAACCCAAAAGAUGUGAAGGCUGAUAUAGAUAGGGAAAGGAGCAGACGUUCUAGUGGCAAACAGAAUUUGAGAGAUCGAGAUUGGAAUGAUGAUGAGAGUAGCCGUUCGAAAGAUGAAAGUAGGGAGAAGAUGCAUGAUAGGAAUAUUGAUCGGGAAAAAGGCAGAGAAGAUAAACCAAAAACUGGAAAUAAGAAAUUAUUGGAUGCCAAGCAGUUGAUUGAUAUGAUUCCAAAAACCAAAGAAGAACUGUUUGUCUAUGAAAUUAAUUGGGAUGUUUAUGACAAGCAUCACUUGCAUGAGAGGAUGAGACCUUGGAUCUCAAAGAAGAUAACUGAGUUCCUUGGAGAAGAGGAGGCCACUUUGGUGGACUACAUUGUUUCCUGUAUUAAAGAUCACGUGCAAGCAUCCACAAUGCUAGAAAUGCUUCAGUCUAUAUUAGAUGAUGAGGCAGAAAUGUUUGUCCUCAAAACGUGGAGGAUGCUGAUUUUUGAAAUUAAGAAAGUUGAAACAGGCUUAUCAAUGAAAUCAAAGUCCUAGGCUCCAUUUUUUUAAAAAGAAUUUCUCUCGUCAUAUCAUCCUUCAAAUUUCCUUUUGUGCCAAAGGUCAGUGACUGUAUUAGGACAAUAUUUUGAGAGACCUUGUUAUUUGGUAUGAAUUAAUUGUAGCCAGUCAAGCAUGAUGAUUAUGGGUUGAUUUAAAAUGAGGUUUCCUUUUUUUUUCUUUC